GCGGCUCCGCUCUGUGUCCAUUCGGUCUAACGUGGUGGUUGCGAGCGAGGGAGCGAGCGAGCGUGCGCCUCGCCAACCCAGACCUUUCUGCCUCCGCGAACGCUACGCGCCACUCCGCCCUCUCCCGCUUUCGUGCCGUGAGCUCCGCCGGAAGUGGGUUUCCUGCGUAGCGGUUUCCAUGGCGAUGGAAGAUGGCGCCUCGCAAUCGCCAGCUCUCCUCCACCCCUUUGGAGAUUCUCCUGUUCCUGAAUGGCUGGUAUUAUGCAACCUAUUUUCUGCUGGAGAUUUUCAUAUUUGUCUAUAAAGGACUCCUGUUGCCCUACCCCUCUGCCAAUUUGGCUUUGGACCUGAUUAUGCUUUUUCUCUAUCUUGGGAUUGAAGUGACCCGGAUAUUUUUUGGCUCAAAAGGGAACCUCUGUCAACGGAAAGUGCCACUUGCUAUCAGUCUGGCUUUAACCUUUCCAGCAGCAGUGAUGGCAGCCUAUUAUCUGCUGCUGCAGACUUAUGCUCUGCGGCUGGAGGCCAUCCUUAAUGCUAUCCUCCUCCUCUUCUAUGCUGUGGAGCUGUUACUGGGUGUUCUCACUCUGGCUGCCUUCUCCAGUUUGGACUCUUACUGAGAACCUUUGUGGGCUGCAAUGUAUGGAACCGUGUGCUCUUCAGAUUGGAGAGAGGCUGCAUGAACCCUCCAUUUCUGUGGCUGGAACAAGAUGCGGUGUGGGUCCAAUUCCCCCAAUAAGCUGAAAGAAGGCGGCUCAACAUCUCAUUUCAAGCUCAUUCAGGUAGAGCACCAUUAGCAGGGUCUCCAGUGUCUGGAAACAGUUUUCAUGAGAUGACAGACCCACCCACCCUAACUAAGCUUGCAAUCCUCCUGGAGGGCGCCAAUUGAUCCAUUCCAACUUUGUACCUUGGGUAAUUGACUCUCGCAAGUCAAAAGACUAUGGGCCAGUGAAUGCCACCUAAUAAUCAGACUUUGCCUGCAGCUGGUGUGUCCUUUGAAUUCCCCAGCGUGGUACAUUCUAACAACUCAAGACUCUAGCAUGUGUGCAGUGACUCAGGAGGGCAGUCUUGCUCAUCCUCCCUAAUUGUUGUGUUACCUCCUGUGCCCUCUUCCUGAAUGGGGGUAGGGAUAAGGGCAGCAGGCCUUGUGCCCCUUCCCCCCAAAUCAGUGUUGUUAUUGGUGUGUAUUGAUAAUUUGUGAUACUUGGUUUUCUACUGCAUCCUUGGAAUAAAUAUUUAUUUUUAAA